AUGACAAACUCUGAACCAGACUCGUCACUUCAACUUGGAGAAUUUGGCGGCAGGGUUCAAUUGAAGCAUUUGCCAAAUUUAACUGAGAUAUCGAACAAGACUCUAGAGGAUCCGUUGAGAAAGAUUCUAGAGAAAGCAGUAGCACUUCAGCUCAAGGCAAUCAAUGACGAUGUUUCUGUUUCACAACUGGCCUUUGAAAAUCUCAUUCUACUAGUGGAAGAAGCGCUUUCCAGUAUGCUGGAGGACUUGCAUAAGGUUGCAAACAUCCAAAGACGACGUUGCAUAUCGAAAAAAGAUCUGUUACUGGUGAUAGAGGGCUAUAAUUUGACAUGCGCUGAUCUCAUGGUCGAGCAUGAGAGGUCUCGGUUUGUGAGGUCUCGGUGUCUGGACAAUGUGGAAAAAGUUGAAAGGGAAGGUAAAGAUGCCUUACAUAAGGAAAGAACUCCAGCACCCAAAGAAGAUCUUUUGCGCUCGUCACAUCCUGAGUUUUUUGAUAAGGGCAAAGGAAUUCUGAAGCUAGUACCACCAUCUGUGAAAGAAGCGAAGCAUGUACCCAAGUGGCUGCCUGAAUUUCCGCCAGAUCAUACCUACAGGUUCACAUCAUUGUACAAUAAACCCAUCACUGACGAGAGACAAAUGAAAAGAAAGCUAGCCGAGGAAUCAAAUCUUUCGGAGAAAGCAUUAAUCAACCUUUCGCGUCUCAGCAACGAAGAUUCUCAUUUAAACGUAGCGGACAACAACGAACUUUACCGCGAAAGCCAGGAAGAGACUCAAUUGAUCUUCAAACAGGUAAAGAAGUCGCGUGCUGCAAAUGUCGAUAAAGUAAAUGAUCUGCUAAGGACUCUGCCGCAAGACCACUAUAAUCUGGAAGAAUAUGCUCGAAGUCGAGUCGAGAUCACCAGACGACGGGUCAAGGACCAUGAAAGGCGUCUGUUACAAAUCCAAAAGGGGCCGUUUAUGAGAGCAACCCAACUUCUUUCCCCUUUUGUGAGUCAACGAGUAAAUUGUAAAGUAGCUGAAAAGGAAGUACGGUCCUUAUUGCAUCGGAGCUAUGUUGGCUUCUUAAAAACCGCCCCACUAGUGAAGGAGCAACGAAAACGGGAGAUAGCAGCAGCAGAACAGAGGAGAAUUGAAAGAGAAGAACAGUCAAAGAGGGAAAGAGAAGAGCGGAGCAAAAUGUCAAAGGAAUUCGAUGAGCUGGACUUGAACAAUUUGAACGAGGAUCCUUUUUUUGGUGGCCUCGGCAGUAGCGAUAGUGAAAACGAGCCUGAAGACCUUGACAAAGAUAAACAAGCGCCAGGACAGAAUGAAAUGCAACCGAAUGGUGGGGCACCGCCAUCUGAUGCUACGAUGCUAGCAUCUGUCGGCGAAGAACAGCCACCAGAGGCAGAAAAGCAACAGCCGAACGUUAGAGAUACGGAAUUUGGUUCAGAGCAACAGGAACUUGACGGUGGAGAAACAAAUUCAAAAGAUUCUGGAGUCGACGACAAAGAAGGCAGUGGAACGGAAAACACUGCAGAUAAGGACAAUAUCACACAUGAGGCCUCUGGUCUCAUAGUAGAUGGUAACGAACAGGGCAACAUGUCGCUAAUGAAUGAAAAUAGCAGUGAGGAUAUCAAGGGCCAAAAGCCAGACGACGGCAAUAAUUUAGCUUCCUCACAAGAAGAAGUUAUUUCUCCGGAAUAG